UUGGUUCUACUGGCCAUCCAUUAGACCCUUUUUGGCAAGCUUUUCAUCUAGUUAAAACUGACAAAAAGCUUAAAGCCAAAUACAUAUUUUGUAAUCUGAAUAAUUGUAGCAGUAAUAAUCAAGUAUCUAUGCAAUUGCUAUUAGAUACAAAUAGAUCAAACCAAUUAUUAUUAGAAGGUAUAAUUAAAAGUGGUGCACCUCUUUCUCUUGUGGAUUCACAAAAAUUUAAGAAAUUUGUCUACUUUAUCAAUAACUUGUAUCAUAUUCCAGCAAGAAAAAACUUUCUCUAA